AUGUCGGAACGUCCCAACGUCUCCAGCGAUCUCAUCUGGGAGAUUGUCCGAAACAACAAUGCCUACCUGGUCAAGCGAAAUACCGCCGGUGGUGUCCAAUUCUCUCGAGACCCCUUCAACCUGACCAACAAACACUCCCGAACACAUGCUGGAUUCGUGAACGACAAGGCUGUCUCCGUCCAGCUCAAUGACAAGGGUGGCAUCACUUUGAUGACCAAGAAGUCUGGAAAAUCAAACAAACCUGCGUCGCACUACAACACACACGCGUAUGGCAAGGCAACGUCGAACCGAAAGAUCUACAAGAACGUGGCAGACGCAGUGGGCAAGAAUUCAUACCGGGGCGAUUUGAACAGGGAUGCUGUUGCUCGCGCCAGUGCCAUCAAGGAUUCCCAGCGGGCAAAGAAGGAUCUUCCCGAGAAGAAGCCUCGCGGAUUGAAGGGGACUAAGACACAGGCAUAG